AAAGAAUAAACUUCAUUAUCAUGCAUAAUAAUGCCGCGUUUUGGCUGCAACUGUCGGGAUGAACGCUUUUUUGAAUGAAGAGCAGACGGCACGUUUCGCGAUCAGUAUUUCCGGCUGUUAAUCAAAUAUCUAUGUUUAUAUCACUGAGUUAUGACGCUACAGAUGCACAUGAGACGUAAUUGAAAAAUUCAAUUUUUCAAUUCAAAAGGAUUUAAAAGAAUAAUUAAACAUUAACCGAAUUUAUCGUUCGGCUUUCUAGUAGAACUAUUUUCAUAAAUAGAACGACUGAAGCAAAUUCAUUGAAAAUACAAUUAAAAAUUAUUUAACGGUAUAACAUCACCUUGUAAGAAUGUCUGAUGACUUACUAGCCAAAGAAAGGGAGUUUCACAGAUUGAAUCGUGAACUUCAGCUCAAGACGCGUAAUGUGAUGAAGGAAGUCGAUUCCGUCAUAAACGCUCGUGUCAGCAAUAACUCAUUUAGCAAUGUGAAUCGAUUGUACUCAGAUUUAAUGACGAAUGAUACAAAGAUGACAGAGGAUACAAUGUCGAAACCAAACGGGCAAUCAAAGGUAUCAUUAAUUAAAAGUCCUGACGUUCCAGUAGUAGAAAAUAUCAGUAACAUCGAGGUGUCACUAAAAAAGGAUAAUACUCUGGGAAAUAAAGCUAUUAUUAAUUUGCUCAAGGGCAAAAUAGAUAUGUUGCAUAAAGAGUUACAAGCAACACAACUCGAGUUUAACAGAAAGUGCGAUUACUGUAAAGAAUUAGAAGUGGAGAAUAAAAAACUUGACGACGCUCAAGCCAAGUUACACAAUCAGAUAGGAACACUAAAAGAUACAAUCGUAAAAUUAGAAAACACAAAUUCCGAUACACUGACAAACUGCCAAGCUUUAAGUAACGAGAAUGUCGCCCUGAAGAAGGAUACGGAAGCUCUUAAGAAAGAAAUCAAAGUAUUGAAUCAGCAAUCAAACAAUUACGAUGUGAGAUUAAAUAGAAUUCUGGAAAGUAACGAGAAGCUUAAGAAUGCAUUAAAAUGUAGUCAGAUAGAAGAAAAGGAACUAAGAAGUCAAAUUAGAAAGUUGCAAGAAGAUAAGAGAUUAAGCAUAAAAAGUCUAGAGAAACAGCGGUCGGAACUGGUUCAAGCGUUUAAGAAACAACUGCUUCUCAUAGAUAAUCUGAAAAAACAAAACAUGUAUUUAACGGCAAGUGAUCAAAUCUGUUUAAUCGAAGGGGACUUCGCCAAGUUACUGGAGUGGAAACCUCCGCAACUUUGAUGUACCGUAUAUAAAACAUUUAUUGGAUGACUGCUACUAUUUAUACACUGUGUGUGAGAGAUGAAAUUAGUUCCACUUCAUAGCCACUUAUAUGUUACAGUAUUAUAUUACAGCACAAAUUACUUGAUACACAUCUUUUCACAGGGAGCUCUCUUGCGUACGUUUGUUUCACAUGUCGCAUAUUGAAGUCAGUAGUUACCGAGCCGAGAUAUUCCCUCGUACGCUCCCCCUCACAGUAAAAACUUACUCCCAUGAUUUGCGAGACCAUUAUUUCUUGCUCAUAAUUUUGCAAUUUUGCUUACGUUUCUGCUUCACCUCAUAAUCACAGUAAUUUAUCGAUUUUAUACAAAAUAACGAGUGUAUCUGUGUACGUGUGUAAAGGAGAGAUUACAAGUGCACACGCAUAUAUAUAUAUAUAUAUAUAUAUAUAUAUGUAUAGGAUUUGCAGGUUUUCAAACAUAGUCGUAAAAAGAUGAGAUCAUUGGCAGUCGCUAUGGAAAUCAGUUAAAUAUUUCUCCUGCUCGGAGACGUUCAACUCGACAAUUAUUUUCUGAGAAUUAUCUGCAAUCUAUGAAAACAUUAAAAUAAUUCGAUAUAAAAGGAUCAGCCUUGAUUUCCAUCGUGACUGUACCAAGUUCAAGUCCUUUGUUUCUGACAAUUUCAAGUAUGUCGGUCAAUUUAUUUACACACAUUACGUGUUUGUGCAAGAAAUAAUAAUAACUGACAAUAACAAAAAAAAGGUCCAAGUAUACAAAAGUUCGAGAUAUCGAAUUUCGCAGUGCGAAUUAAUACAAAUGGCUCGCUCUUACAAUCGUCAUUUGCUCUACGCGAGCGGCGUUGAGAAGUGCCACUUUAAACCAUACUGCCCGGAUUAAUGUUAUUUAAAGAUACGCCACGCCUCGAAAAAUCAUUAACGCACAUUUCGCUGAACGAUGCACGAAUGUAACUGUUCGCUCUAGAUUCUGAUUCUUAAGCCUAAAAUGACGCACCAUCGUGGUACAUGUCUGAACUUACAAAAAGCGAUCAAACCUAUGUUCACAAACGAUUCAUCGAGUUUGCUCGUUUAUACUGAGACAUUAAAUAAUAGCGAAUAUCACAAGAGAGUAUACGCGGAUAAAGACUGUGUGAUGUAGUCAGUAUCCCCUCCGCACAACCUAGCUUGAAUAACGUCACGUUUAUAGUUCCGCAAUUCGAGUUCGCAGUACACUUUGUUUAAUAAAAUACAUUAAGUUAAUGCUUCUGUAGCUAAAUAUGUAUGCGGAUGUGAUGCCACUUGCUUCGCGAACAAGUUUGUUAAUAUUUAAUUUAAUUACAAUAAUUCGCAAUUUUUGUCUCUCGCGUUCUGUAGUCUUGUUUUUUUUUUUUAAACCACUGACAUGUCACGGAAAAAUGUCACUAAUAUUUGAAUAUCUAGUAGAUCGUGAUAAAUAUAUAUGUCUAUAUAUUUAUCUUAUAUGCUUAAAAUGUUCUAAAUCUCUCUCUCUCUCCCUCUCUCUCGUUCAUUUUUAUACACAUCGAGUUUUGAAACUCAAUCUCGAAAUGAUUGUGAGUUUCAAACAUUUAAUUACAGGAUCUCUAUUACAAGUCUUCCCUACUGAGGGCACUCAAUUUGAAAUUCAUUAAGCACCGCUGCAUAUAAUUCUUCCCUUUCUUUUUUUUUCUUUAAUUAUGUUAUACAUAGACAUUCGUUUGAUAUUGCACUCCGAAUAUCAAGCACUUGCUCCAGCAACUACCGUAAUAAAAAUUUUACAAAACAGUCUACAUAAAUUUACUCAGGAUUAGUAAUCAACAAGUUAAGAAAUCAACAUAUUGAUUCCCUGCUCUAGUCUAAAGAUAACCGUGUGUUGCGAGAUAUCAUCUCUCUCUCUCUCUCUCUCAAUUUACAAAUUAUAUUCUUAAAUAUAAUUUUGUAAGAUGUUGGUUUUGAUCAUUCUUCACUUGGUGUACUUUCAACAGAGAAUAUCCAUAAAAUAUCAGAUUUGCGUCGCUGUGAUUUCAAAAAUAUUUAGAGCAGUUUACGGCGAAAUUAUGCGCGAAAACAACAGAAUUGCUAAUCUGUAUGGUACAAGAUUAGAAACUUGCAUAUUUUUUUCCAUUGAUAUAAAAUUUUCUGGUCUUAAGUUUAUCUAUCGCAAAAGAUGGACUUCCGCUAAAAUGCAUUACUAUCCAUGUGCUCACAAGAUUUUUCUACACUCUGCUUCAUUUUACACACACAUUUGACCGCGAACUAGUUUCCUUGUUU